GGCGGUAAAAUCAAUACGAAACGUUAGCUCUCUCUUUAAAUUUGGAAACGUAUACGUUGUCUUUGUUAGAAUUCGGCUGGCAAAAGGCGGUUUCGCUGAUAGAGUUCGUCAGAGAAUAUUUUUGCGGGUACUCGUGCGGCGGCAAUUUUAUAAUUAUAAGUGCCACUUAUGUCGGUGGGACGAGUGGGCUUGUCGUCGCUCAACUAUUAAACGGCGCGUUCUAGUGGAAAAUUGACCGCAAUUUGUUUUUUUUUUGGCGUGUAAAUACUAGUGAUUUGGGCAAUGCACGUAUUGGACUUAGUGGAAGUGAAUUAAAUUGGCUUGUCGUAAACCGGCGACGACACGAAAGGUCGAGGAUAAGUAGGCAAUUAUCCGUAAGAUUUGUGUGAUGAGAUGUUUGACGUCGUAUGCAAAUUUUUUGCGAUUUUUUCGUGAACGGUCAGCAACAGUUGUUUUUUUGGUCGUUUUCUUCCUUCGAAAUGAGUUAUCUUUGACGUUUCCGUCGAGAACAAGGGUCGCAACGUGCAAAUUUUCAUACGAAUAUGUUACUACACCGUCACUUGGACAAGCUCCAACGGUAGUCGACAAAUUUAGAUCCCAUUCAUUUGUUUCUUAUUUUUAACGUAAAUAUAUGCCUAAGGCGAGGUUGUGACUGCGCAUAAACGUUAUGUCGGUGGUAAAUUGGAGUACGCUUUGAAAAACAAACUUUACGUAUAAUGUUCACGACCAGAAAUCUCAUCUUCGUUUCCCUAAUUUUGAUUGUCUCGCAAUGUGAGAGUAUGCGACCACUUUGGGGCCUUCAAAGCCAACAAAUUCGCCCAGAUCGUAGCAAUACGCAGCCGUAUCGUAAUAAGCGGGAACCAAAGAAUGGCCAAAACAGCUUGGCGAACAUCAGGCAGAGGCUGAACGAGGAGAAGUUUCCGAAAAAGGACGAUUUAAUGGUCCUGGACGCUUCGCCAAGAGUGGAGGUCAAUUACACGGGGCUUUUACGCCAACCACCCUCCUCGCAUUACGGAGGAAUCAACACCGAGCAAAACUACAACCGGGAGAAUGACAAGAUGAGGCUCCUUUACGCGUUCAGGAAGAGUCAGGAGGAAGUACCUUACAGUUUGCCCGGCACCGAGUGCGACUUUGAGAGGACCUGCACGUGGAAGUGGAAGAACGACAGCGACGGUGGUUUCUCUGUAACAAGUGCGAACCUAACCCACGAUGGGCCCGAAUUCGACGCCGACAAUAAGUCAUCAGGACAAUUUUUACUUCUCCGUCUGAAACCAACGACACGUGAAUUACACGUAACCAGUCCAUUAUUUAGCCCGAGCGCGGACACCUGCAAGCUUCAGGUGUGGAUUUAUCAGGACGGCAUGGUUAAUGGGAUAAUACGGAUCGUGGCGGAGACCGAAAAUCGCACGCAGUGGCUUGUUAGUCAAAUACACGGGGAUAGCAGCAGAAGGUGGAGUAAGUACACCAAGGCGGUUGGAAAGAUUUCUCAAGAGUUUCAUAUCAUACUUGAGAUCGUUCCGGUUCAGCGAUCUGCUAAGGGCGCGCUCGUCGCUUUUGACAAUAUUAAAUUGAUCGAUUGCUUCGCGGAGAGCGACUCGAUUAGUGGGUGCACGCCAUUUCAAUAUCGUUGUAGUCAGACGAAUGUAUGCAUCAACAAUACGCGAAUAUGUGAUAUAACCCAAGAUUGCGAGCUUGGAGAUGACGAAACGCAAAACUGCGAAAAAGUUCCGUACGGUGCCAGAUGUAACUUCGAGCAAGACUGGUGUGGGUGGCAAAACGUCGAGGGCAAAGUCUUACAGUGGGCGAGACACAACGGAUCCACACCUACGAAUAGAACGGGUCCAAGCUACGACCACACGUACCAAAAUGCAACUGGCAAAUACAUGUACGUUAACAUGGCGGCGAUGGGCAAGGAAGUCGUCUUUGCGAGCAUCGCGACGCUUCGCAGUAUUGUGUUCAAUCCACCACCAACGGUUCAUGGCAACUCCUCCUCGCGUUACUACAACUCGUGCACGAUACGCUUCUUCUUGCACCAGUACGGAAGCCACAAGAGUGGUCUAAUGCUCCAAGUAACCGAGCUAAGGCCGAAGGAGAACGUCUCGUCGGAAAUAUUGUGGAGCUACAACGAUUACGGCGACAUGUGGGUGCGGAAAACCGUCAUUCUUCCGAACAUCACUUACAAGUAUUUUCUUCAUUUCGACGCCAGAAGGGGAAUACGCUACAUGGGCGACGUGGCGAUUGACGACUUUUCGAUGAGCCCCGAAUGCUUCGGCUUAAAUAUUCCGCAGACCGAGCUGAAGGCGUACAAUUACUGGAAUCCCGCGAAUGAAAGGACGACCGGUAGCGCGCCGUACAGCGAUUUCGAAAAUGAGACGUAUUAUGAGAUCACAACCUGCGGAGCGAGGGGAAGAGACGGACCCCUGCAGGCGAACUGCACGGCCGCCUACAAAAACACGUCGGUCAGCGUGAAGGUGAUGCACGCGCCAGGUCUCAACGGUAUACAAAGGUGGACGGUUCCGCACGAGGGCUUCUACACGUUGAUACUGGUGGGGGCGAGCGGCGGAAAAGGCAGCGGCGGGAUGGGCUCGUCAAGAGGUGCCAUGGUGCGGACGGUGGUGGAGUUGGCCAAGGGGCAGGAAAUAUACGUGCUCGUCGGGCAGGAGGGCGCGAGCGCUUGCGUUAAGAGUUUGGGACAUCAGAGCAACUCCUCGUGCAAGUCGCUGAGGAACGACGAAGACUUGACGGGGGUCAGGGGUGUAUUGAGGAUGGAGGUUGGAGAUGGCGGAGGUGGUGGCGGUGGUGGUACUUUUGUUUUUGUGUUUAACCGCACACGUCAUCCUGUUCCGCUGGCGGUUGCCGCGGGUGGAGGUGGAUUGGGCCUGGGUAGAUUUAUCGACAACGGCGACCAGCAUGGCCAGGCCAUAAACAUGUCUCGCCCUCCCGUUACCGGCCAAAUGUAUGGAACUAAGUCCGCCGGAGCGGGUGGAGGUUGGGAGGUGUAUCGCGGCAAAAUCGCGUUCGGUCACGAAAUCUUGAUGGGACUGUCGCUGGUGGAGGGAAGCACCGGUGGUCGAGCGUGCUACGAUUCUAUUGACGGAAGAGGCGACGGUGGUUUCGGUGGCGGCGGGGGAGGCUGUACGGCCGGGGGCGGAGGUGGGGGAUAUGCCGGCGGAAACGCGUGGUCAGCUAAUUCAACGAACGGAGAGGGCGGCUACUCCUUCCUGGAUCCGAGCAGAACAAUCCCAAGCAUGUCCGAGGCGAGAUCGGGAUAUCACGCCGGUCCAGGAUCCCUUUUGGUCAUACCUGCCAUACCAGGAUGCGGCUGUAACUAUCGCUGCUUGGCGUUGGAUGCGAGGAGGUCGCAAGUUGCUUGUAUCUGCCCUAAAGACUGGAAGCUAGACAGUGAUGGAAAAACUUGUAUACGAAAAGGGCGGGCGAUGCUUCCCAAAAAAAUGCCACCAGAGGCGUUCCUGGAUGGGAUCUUUACGGCCAAAACCGACGUGUGGUCGUUCGGCGUUUUACUUUGGGAAAUACUGUCAAUGGGUUACAUGCCUUAUACGGGUUGUGCGAAUAGACAAGUAAUGCAACUGGUUACUAGCGGCGGUAGACUAGAACCCCCCACCAACUGUCCCGGUCCCAUCUAUGGUAUCAUGACGCAAUGCUGGCACCCCGACCCGGACCAGAGGCCGAAUUUUAAACUCAUACUGGAAAGGCUGGGAUACUGCGGACAGGAUCCUGACGUACUCAAGGCGGCCCUACCCGUAUUCAAUCGCGCGCCCUCUCAGGAGAAGGACGUGACGAUCAUGAGACCUGGCAGUCACGAUCACUGCAUAGAGGUGUCAAAGGCGGCCGCUGACUAUUUAAUUCCGACGAGUUUAGGUCCGAACACGAUAGGCUCAACUUCCUCGGUCGAUAGGCUAAUUCCGGACAACUCGGACAGUUGGGAGACGUCGUUUGUAAUACCACAUUCCAAGUCGACGCAGCCUCUGCUUCCCGAACCGGAAUAUAUCGAUGAGGUCACCACAAGUUCUGUGGAAAAGCUACUAGCGCCAGUAGCCGUCUCAAAGCCGGAAAAGAUAUCGCCCGUAUCCCUACCGAGCAACAUUUUAACAAACAUAACCGCCAAACCAAAGACCGAAACCCCAACGUUAAGGGCGGGCGUUUCACUGGACGCCGGCGCGCUGGUCAAGCAGUCGAUGUCCUCUCCCAACAAGAAGUCGUACGCUAACCUAAAUCCAGACGAAGUGAAGAUGGGGAACGGCGUGUUGCAGAACGGACCUUACAAGGAGGGGGUCUUCAGCACGGGCAAAACCCCCAACGGAACGUUGAUUAAUGAUAGUGUUCAUUGUUAAAAAAAAAGUGUUAAGGAUAUUAUGUAAAUAUUUGCAGUUUAAGAGGGAAAACCAAACUCCAAGCGAAUUUGUUAAUAUUUGAGGGCUCAAGGGUAUAAAAAAAAGUAGCAAACCGAGAUAUAUUUUUACGAAUUAUAAUGCGGUCACGCUAUAUUUAUUGUGCAGAACUGUACAGUAUUGGUAGUUAAUGUUUAACUAAACACUGGGGGUUGUUUCGGCCUUUUUAGGUGGUCACAUCUUCCAGAACGGUGUACGCCAAAUAUAAGCUUUAUAAACAUUAUGCGAUGUGUGAUGUUACUAAGUGCGACUGUUGUAUGGAUGUCGAUGUAGUUUUUUUUAACAAAUUUUUUGGGAUGGCGCAUCAAUGUGAACACAAAACAUGUCUCUGUCAUAUGCAUGAUAAAUUACCAUAUACAUACGUGACUGUGUAGACCUACGGUUCAGCUCAUAGUAACCCCAAAUUUUAAAAUGUCUAUGGUAUGACUUUGAUGGGCAAAUUCAUAAAAGACUACAUACAGCUUUAACACACCUCAAAAUAGAGUAGACCUUAAUUAAGUAGGUGAUCUAGAUAUUAAUAAUAUUGGAGGAGAAAAUGUGAGAAAUAUAUCAAUUUAGUAUUGAAGCGGCGGCCGUGUUGAGAGUUAGUAGAAUUUAACUGUAAACCAGAAAAUGCAUUUACACCAUUUGAUUAUCUUAAAAAAACCACGAACUGUCGUUUGAGAACUACAAUAUCACGCAGCGAGCAAAUUUUGAAAGACUGGAAUUACGGUAGAGAUUUUAUUGUUGAGCUCUGAAACAAUUGGUUCGAAGGAAAAAAACGGGUGAAAGGAGUAUGUUGGAUAUAUUUUGAAGACCUUUUACAUGUCAAAAUAUUUGUAGCACACUUUUUUCAAUGUACCUAUUCAUACAAUAAAUCAAUGUUGAAGACA